AUGUUGGCGACCGUUGCGAUCGACAUGAUUGGUAACUGGAUGCAAGGAGUGAACCUGCAGAUAGCCCACCACAAAACGGAAGUGUUAUUGAUAAGCAACUGCAAAGUGGUGCAGCGAGCAGAAUCCACCGUCGGAGAGCAUACAAUAGCCUCGAAGCGCGUGCUGAAGUAUCUGGAAGUGAUGAUCGAUGACCGGCUUAACUUAAAUAGUCACGUACGGAGGUACGGAGGCGCUUGGGUUGCAACGCUGGAAACCAAGCAUAAUCUAAGGAAACUGAACAGUACGUACCGGCUCAUUACUAUCUCGUCGGAAGCAGUAUGCAUUAUCGCCGGAAUGACCCCUAUCAGUAUUACCCUGGCGGAGAAACCAGAGGAGCAUGACAAUUUUAGAGAGCGAAGUCAAUGGCCAAGUGGCAACGGGAAUAAGACUCGUCGGAGAACGAUGAACAGGAAGCAUGGGAAAGUCAAGUUCCAUCUUACGCAGUUCCUGUCUGGUCACGGUUGCUUCAGGAAUGGAAUUGUGGACAAAACGCUGAAGCACGUGGUCUUCGACUGUCCAAGGUUCAAGGCAGUGCGAAGGGAGAUGCCCGUCCUUAACGUGGAGAAUGUCGUCGAUGAAAAGUGUCGAGAGGAGGGCACUUAG